CUCGGUUACUGUACUAGUAGGCAGAGCGACUUUUGCUCUUUCCCACCAAAAUUGAAAAAUUCUCGAUGUGUUCUAUUUGGGGGAAAAAAGAAUAGAAGAACCCUAAUUUCAAAAUCGAAUUCGAAAUUGGGGAAGGCAUCGAUUUUUUUCUUUUGCGUCUGGAAGCAGGAAAUGCUCGGUAGUUAUGUUAGAGCUCUCACUCGUUAUUCCCAUUCUCUGAAUCCACGUCCCAAUUCCCCAUUUGGGGUUCGUUUUUACGCGGUUUUAGCUGCUGCUAAGAGAUCUACCUUGAAUCCUGAUGAAUCUCCGUUUGGGUGGUUGGAGAAUGGAAUAAAUAAAAUCGACAAUGUUGAUGAUGCUUGCGGUUUAUACUGUCAGAUGGUGGGAAUGAGGCCACCUCCUAAUGCAAUUCAAUUCAACAAAUUGCUUGGGCGCACGAUUAAGUUGGAGCAUUACUCGGUUGCCAUUAACUUGUACAAAAAUAUGUGCAUCAAUGGCAUCCAAGUUGAUGAAUACACCAUGAGUAUGAUCGUAAAGUGUUAUUGCCAAGAGGGUCAAGUGGAUUUGGGGUUUGCCGUACUAGGAACCUUCUUCAAGUGUGGGCUUGUGCCUGAUGUCACCACCUUUAGCACGUUAGUCGAGGGGUACAUUCAUCUUGAUAGGGUUACCGAAGCACUAGAACUGUUCAGGAAAAUAACACUUGAAAAGCUUUGUCAACUAGAUGAGAUCAUGAUUGGGAUUGUGAUGGAUGUGGUGUCUAAGACUGGGAAAAGUGGCGAAGCUACUGAGUUCCUUAGAAUCAUGGAAGCUGGAAAUAUUAAACCUAAUGCCAUCCAUUACAACACCAUUAUUGAUGCCCUUGGCAAGAAUAAGAUGGUGGACCGAGCUCUCUGCCUCUUCCAAGAGUUAACUGACAAAGGCAUUUCCCCAGAUGUUAUUAAUUAUAAUACCUUGAUCCGGGGCUUUUGUAAUUUAGGCAAAUGGAAAGUGGUCGAUAAACUACUGCAUGAGAUGAAUGAUUUAGGUAUUGCUCCAGAUGUCUAUACUUACAAUAUCAUAAUGGAUUCAUUAUCAAAGGAAGGAAAGGUGAAAGAUGCAAUCGACGUGUUUGAGAUCAUGGUUCAGAGAGGAGUGACUCCCGACAUAGUCACAUAUAAUACCUUGAUAGAUGGAUAUUGUUUGCUGCACCAAAUAGAUGAAGCAAAAAGAGUGUUUCAAGCCAUUGUUGCUGAUGGGCUUUUUCCUGACGUUAUCUCCUAUAAUAUUAUGAUCCAUGGCUACUUUAAGCAAAUGAAAUUUAAGGAUGCCAUGCAUUUGUUCAAAGAGAUUCUACUUAACGGCUUAACUCCUGAUAUAUGUACUUACACUAUUCUCUUGAAGGGAAUGUUUCAAUUUGGGAAGUGUGAUGCUGCAAAAGCAACUUUUAGUAAGAUGCAACUUGGUGGCAUCAAACCUGAUUUUUACACCUACGGUGUAAUGCUAGAUGGUCUUUGCAAGAAUGGACAUGUUGAUGAAGCAUUUAAGUUUUUGCAGAAGAUGGAAGGGAUUGGAGUAGAGCUACAUAUAUCUAUGUAUACUAUCAUUAUUGAUGGAUUCUGCAAAAGUGGAAGACUUGAUAAAGCAAAACAUAUCUUUAAAAGUUUAUCUCUGAAAGGGUUGGAUCCUAAUGAUAAAACAUAUACCAUAAUCAUCACUGCCCUAUGCAUGAAAGGUUUGCUAGAUGAAGCUAAAGACCUGUUUGUCCAAAUGGAAGCAAAUGGUUGUUUGGCAAGUGAGAUCACAUACAAUGUGAUCAUCCGGGGACUAAUUCGGGGAGGUAAAUAUGAUGAAGCUGCUGUUUAUCUUGAAGAAAUGGUCAGGAAAUGAUUUGCUUUGAAUUCAUAUAACUCAUCAAGCAUUCAAUACUUACUCUCCAGACAAGAAUUCACUGCUUUUCGCAAGGUACUUCAGAAGUUUGACUUCAAUAGCAGGACCUCAGAAACUUCUGAGUAAGUUUUAUUCUUUUGGUUACGAAAUUAGCAUAAUCGAUCUUACUGUCCAAACACAUUGAUGCAAAUGUUUUUUGUGCUCUGCAUUAUUCUUUGUUUUAUUGUGAUUGGCUUUAUUUGGAAACCAAAUUUUCUAAGAGGAUCUUACCACACUUGUUUUCCCUGUCAAAUGUUUUCUUCUUUUUAUAUAAAUCAAUCUAGGACCUUCUGUUUAUCUUACAGUUAGAAGACAAUAGAUGUAAAACGACUGUAAUAUGUAAACGAAUACUCAUUUCGCUUAUGUCUAUAGAUGAGAAGAUUGUAAGCUGAAGGGUACAGUUCAUUUUGUGUCAAAAGCUAGCUAAAGUGCUUGACAAUUUACUAUUCAUAUGAUGACUUAGACUGUCCGUUUGGUUGCAAAUUAAGUGUCAGUUAAGAUUCUCUGCAUCUUCAAUCACAGUGGCGAUUCACUACUGCUAGUUAGCAUGGCUUUUUUGAUUCCUUGAUUACUUUUCUAGUUUCACUAUUGUGCAGGUUAUUAUUAUUAUUAUUAUUAUUAUUAUUCUAAUUAUUAUU